UGUUAUCAUAAAUUCAUAAUACAUCCUUAGCUCCCUCUUUCUCUCUCUCUCUCUAGAAUGGCCACUACAUCUUCAAUGGUUCCUCAACCUUCCCCCAAAACUCCUCUUCAUACACCAGAGCUCACAUGCAUCAAAUCUUUAGCAGAAUCAGGUGCACUCACGUCCAUUCCAUCUAAUUACGCCUACAGUACCAUGAACCCCAAUGAAUCCGCAGGUUCAGACUCCGAAGAGUCAAUCCCCGUCAUUGAUUUUUCCUUACUCACCUCGGAUGAUCCAGAUCAACGGUCCAAAAUUGUCCAAGACCUCGGCAAAGCCUGUCGAGAGUGGGGUUUCUUCAUGGUGAUUAAUCAUGAUGUGCCGGUGACGCUGAUGAAAAGGGUAAUUGACGCGUGUAACGAGUUCUUCAAUCUGGCGGAGGAUGAGAAGCGGGAGUACAAAGGAAAGCACGUAUUGGAUCCGAUCAGAUGUGGGACCAGUUUCAACGCUACGGCGGAGAAGGUGUUCUUUUGGAGGGAUUUUCUCAAGGUUCAUGUGCAUCCACACUUCCAUUUCCCCAACAAACCCAUGGGUUUCAGUGAGCUGUCCUUGGAGUACUGCGAUAGAACUAGAAAAGUAGCAAGCGAAUUGCUUAAAGGGAUAUCAGAGAGCUUAGGCCUAGAAAAAAGCUACAUACACAAAACCUUGAAUCUAGACUCGGGCUUCCAAAUUUUCGUCGCCAACCUGUACCCGCCUUGUCCACAGCCUGAUCAAGCCAUGGGCUUGCCUCCUCACUCCGACCAUGGCCUCUUAACCCUCCUUAUAGAGAACAGAAUCGUAGGCCUACAAGUCCAGCACAACAGCAAGUUCGUCAAUGUCAAUGCCCCUCCCAACUCCUUUCUCGUUAACACCGGAGAUCACCUUGAGAUAUUAAGCAAUGGAAAGUACAAGAGCAAUGUGCAUCGAGCAGUUGUGAACAAUAAAGCUACUCGGAUAUCACUCGCCAUGGCCCACGGGCCGGCGCUCGAUGCUGUUGUAGGUCCGGCAACGGAAUUGGUGAACAGAGAAACUCAUCCAGCUGCAUAUAUUCCAAUGAAGUAUGUAGAAUUUAUGGAGUUGCAGCAAAGCAACCAGCUUGAUGGGAAGUCCGUCUUGGACCGUGUUCGUGUUCAAACUGUCUAAGGAAAUUAAACCACCUAUAUUUUACCUAAAAAAAUAAAUUAAACCACCUAUAUAUUUAAAUGUGUACAAAAAGUUUGUGGACAUGACUCUGCAAUAAAGUUGUACUCCCACAAAAAGAAUAAUGGAGAGAGAAUAAAUGUAUUUAUUUUCCCAUUUUCAUAAGCUUCA